CUCCUUCUUCCUCCUCUCAAGCAGCAGCAUCAUCAUCACCCGUCAGAGUUCAUCCAUGUAGUCUGCGCAUCCCCGUCUGGAUAAGUGAGCCCUGUUUCUCCGUUCCCCACGCGUGGAGCGCCAAGUCACGACAAGGCAGCGAAACAUUUGAGAAGUGAAGAUGACGAUGCUCCAGCGGCACUUGCUCUUCCUCCUCUCCAGCCUGGGCGCCAGCAUUUUUGGAGUGGAAGGGACAAAAAGCAAAGCCAGAGGUGGCCAAGGUCAGUUCCCAAUCACUCAGAACGUGACAGCGUUGGAGGGCUCGGCCGCCAACAUGACCUGCCGGGUGGACUUCAACGAUAACACCUCCCUCCAGUGGUCCAACCCCGCGCAGCAGACGCUCUUCUUCGGUGACAAGAAAGCUCUUCGGGACAACCGGAUCGAGCUGGUGCGAGCGUCGUGGCAGGAGCUCACCAUCCGCAUCAACGACGUCAGCCUGGCCGACGAGGGCCAGUACACGUGCUCGCUCUUCACCAUGCCCGUCAAGACCACCAAGGCCUUCCUCACCGUCUUAGGUGUGCCGGAGCGGCCCAAGAUCACGGGCUUCACCAGCCCGGCCCUGGAAGGCGAGAGCAUCAGCCUGACGUGCACCACGACGGGAAGCAAGCCGGCGGCCCAACUCCGGUGGUUCCGCAACGACAAGGAGGUCCAAGGCACCACCGAGGUGACGGCCUCGGGCAAGUCGUUGACGGUGAGGAGCAGCCUGCGCUUCCAGGUGGAGCGAGGCGACGACCUCGUGGCCUACACCUGCAUGGUGGAGCACGUCUCUCUGGCCAACCCUUACGUCACCACCGAAGUCCUGGAGGUCCACUAUGCUCCCCAUCUGGAGAUCACACAUUCGCUGAUCAUCCCGCAGGAGGGCCAGUACUUGAAGCUGGAGUGUGUUUCCAGAGGAAACCCCAGACCAGAAUGGGUGGUGUGGUCCAAAGACGGCGGCGACCUGCCCGACGUGGAGCGCAUGAUCGUGGAGGGCCCGGAGCUCACCAUCACCACGCUGAACAAAACCGACAACGGCACGUACCGCUGCGAGGCCAGCAACCAGCUGGGCACCAGCAGCGCCGAGUAUAAACUCUUUGUAUACGACCCCAAUGCCAUGGGGCAGCACGGGCCCGACCACGCCCUGAUCGGCGGCGUGGUAGCCGUGGUGGUUUUCAUCACCUUGUGCUCGAUCAUCGUCCUGGGCCGCUACCUGGCCAGACAUAAAGGCACGUAUCUAACGCACGAGGCCAAAGGCUCCGAGGACGCCCCCGACGCCGACACGGCCAUCAUCAACGCCGAAGGGAACCACAUGCACGCCGAGGAGAAGAAGGAGUACUUCAUUUAGGCUUUCCUUUUCUUUUUGGACUACAGACAUGCAGAUAGAAGCUGCCUCCGUGUCACGUCCUCCCUUUUUAUUCAUUUGUUUUACGCGUCGUCAUUCACAGAGCUUUUUUUUUUUUCCCCUUCUUAAUUUAUGACACGUUCCAGCGAUAUCGGUGCCAGUCAAAGCUGUUUCUUUGUUCAACACGUUUGUUAGCAGCAUUCGGGGAGUUUUUUUUUUCUUCUUUCUCCUCCACAAUAGCGCAAAGCAAGAUCCCAAAGUUGACCCUGAAACGCAAAAUGUAGAAGCACAAUCUUCAAUAGAUGAAAGGCUUUUUUUUGUUUUUGUUUUUUCCCCCGGGCCGGCAUUUGAAAAAGCACAAAUUUGCGAGGACGCCAACUGGUUCUUGACUCAGGAUUCAUAACGGGAUCAGAGAGGAAACAAAGCGUUCGGUCCACCCCCACUAAUGUGAAAGCCCCGACCGAGUAGGAGGAGGGGAGAGACACUUAACAUGUGCAUAUUGCUGUUAAAUACUUUUGCUAGAAUGUGAAUAUCGGUGAAGAAUAUUGUUGAUUAUUUCCAUCCCCGGCGCAUUUGUUUAUGGUUAUUGGUGCUGUCCAAUGAAAAGCACGUUAAAGAAGUAUUCUGUGGCUCUCGGGCUCCCUGUAGCGCCACGAGAAAGAAUCGUCGCCUUGUUAUAUUUCAUUUUGAAUAUUUAUUUGGAUCCUAUUUGUACAAUUGAUGGUGUAUUUUAUAUGUAGGUCCUGUUAAUUCAUUCACUGCCAUCGGUGGUGGCGACGCUAUAAUAUUUGAAUAUUGGUCACGGUGGUGGUACUUGAAGAGCUUGAAUACUUGUAGAAAGGAUAAGAACCAGUGCGUUCCAAUAGAAAUCCAUCACGUUCUUUGUUUAGCGGCUCACUUGGCGAUACGAGCUUUUCCUUGGAUAGCGACGGUGCUCUUUAUCCGAGCUGUUCCGUAAGAUUUUGCCGAAGGUAUGUAAAUACUAUGUAAGUAUUGAAUUUUAGUCAUGAAAAGUCAAUAGUUCCAACUUGAGUUUCAUAGCAUUUUCCAACAUGUUGUCGACGGACGGCUCUUUUCUUCUAUAAAGGAGGCUGAGGGGCCACUCGCAAAGACAAUGGAAUGUGAAUCAAGACAUUUGACAUGAGAUGACAUGUUAUGAGACUACAUUCGUAUUAAUAGGGAAAAAAACAGGGCCAAAUGAUUUGUGACCAAUUUAAGGGGGAAAAUGUCAUCUUGUGAGAAAAGUGCGUCAUACUCUUUUGGACUGUUCUGUUGAGGUCCAAAUGGGAACUUUAACCUUCAGUCAUGACUUGUAAAAAAAAAAAAGAAAAAAUCCUUUUCAGUGUGUUCCUCAUACUCUUCUUCAAACAGGGAUUGUAACGGAGGGCAGAAAAAAGACAAAAUGUAUGUAUUCAUCACUUCCCAUAUAAUACAGAUAUUCUACCUGUUAUUCCAAAAGUCCUUUUUUUUUUUCCCUUCUUCUGUGACACCACCCCAAAUGGACAAAAGGAUCACCGUUAUGGCCUUUGAGUUUGCUGCAAAAGCGUUGGUGAAUCAAACGUCAGCUAUCACUGUACAAAAAAAGGACCACCGACGCUCACCUUACUUCAUCGUGACAUAAAGAAGUCGUUUUGUAUAAAAAAGAAAAAGACUUUUCAAUUCGCUGUAAGUAAUUUGCUUUUUAUGAGGUUGGGGUAAAUGUCUGGGUGCGAGAAAAAGUGAGAUUUUUUUUUUUUUUUCCUUCUGCUUAAUAUUGAAUAUACAUUUUUCAACUAUGCCGAUGUAAAGCUGAAGCGAGCAAAAAAA